UAGGAGUUAUCAGACAUGCAGACGUUUUGAGAUAUUAGACCUUCCUGACGCAUUACAAGACAGAAAAGGCCUGGCUUUGUCAUCGCAAACCUUCCGCGCGACAUUACGUCAGUGGCCCUUGACGUCAUGUCGCACACCACGCGACAACUUGUAGACAAGAUGGCGACUGCGGUUGUGCCCGAUGUGUAAGUUAAGAUACGCUGGUAGAAAAAGAACAGACGAAGCAUGCCUUGGAAGGAGGUAGUUGUACGGCUGGCUGCCUUCGCCACGGUCAUGUGAAGUGUGCAUGAGCGACUGUGAUGGACAAGUGUAAGCACGUGGGUCGACUGAGGCUCGCACAGGACCACUCGAUCCUGAAUCCACAGAAAUGGCACUGUGUGGACUGCAACACCACAGAGUCAGUGUGGGCGUGCCUCAGCUGCUCGCACGUGGCCUGCGGACGCUACAUAGAGGAGCAUGCGCUGCAGCACUUCAAGGAGCAGUGCCACCCACUUGCCUUGGAGGUGAACGAACUGUAUGUGUUCUGCUACUUGUGUGAUGACUACGUGUUAAAUGACAACGCCACAGGAGACCUGAAGCUGCUCCGUGGCACACUGGGCGCCAUCAAGAGUCAAUGCUAUGAGGUGAUAACACGCAGCGGGCGCACCCUGCGCUCCGGUGCAGUCCAGCUGGAGCAUGGAAGUGCGCAGGAGCUGCAGCUGCGUGCAGAGGACCGCAUGUUUACAGCACUGUGGCACAGACGUCGAGCACUCAUGAGUCGCGUCUUCCGCACCUGGUAUGGCCACACAGAACGCGGCAAGAGAUUCCUGGAGGAGGAGCGGCAGCGUGAGGAAGAGGAGGAGCGCAGAAGGGAGGCGCGGGAAAGGAGACGAACACUCAAACGGCAGCUCCGGGAAGAGCUGGAAAGCGCACCGCCACGAAAAAGCAGCCGAUUACGAAAGCAGAGCCAGAAAGCAGCAGCUGCUGCAUCCUUAACAGAAAGGAAACAAAUCCAACACAAGCCAGCUCCACCCUCUAAUGUUCGGACUCGAAAAGACAAAACGCCUCAGAGAAGGCCAGGAACCUCAGCCAAGACCAAACAGACUCGGGCUCCGCCUCCCAAAUCUAGCGACUCCCCCAUUAAAAGGAGGCCCACGGUCACGCCAGGCGUGACUGGUUUAAGGAAUCUUGGCAACACAUGCUACAUGAACUCCAUAUUGCAGGUUUUGAGUCACUUGCACGUAUUUAGGGAGUGUUUUCUGAGACUGGAUUUGAACCAGGCGCUGGAGCUGCUGGCGUCAGCCGUUAGCCAGAAGCUGGGGCUCUCGGUUCAGCAUGGCACCCAGCCCAAAGCCGCCGGUCAGGGAUCGGGGCUUAGUGGUGGCGCCUCCCGCUCACGCAGCAUGGAGCUCAUUCAGCCCAAAGAGCCCAGCUCCAAACACCUCUCACUCUGCCAUGAACUGCACACACUGUUCCAGGUUAUGUGGUCAGGAAAGUGGGCUCUGGUGUCUCCAUUUGCGAUGCUACACUCGGUGUGGCAGUUGAUCCCGGCGUUUCGAGGCUAUGCGCAGCAGGAUGCACAGGAGUUCCUCUGUGAGCUUCUGGACAAAGUCCAACACGAGCUGGAGCGAACCGGUACUCUCACACCAGCCACCAUGCCGGCCAAUCAGAGACGCUUGAUCAAACAGGUGCUCAGUGUGGUCAAUACCAUCUUCCAUGGGCAGCUACUUAGCCAGGUCAGGUGUUUGGCAUGUGAUCAUCGCUCUAAUACGGUGGAGCCGUUCUGGGAUCUGUCUUUAGAGUUUCCUGAGCGUUACCACAGCAACAGUAAAGAUGCUGCACAGGUGCCGUGUAGGCUGACCGAGAUGCUGGCCAAGUUUACAGAGACCGAGGCUUUAGAAGGAGCCAUUUACGCCUGUGACCACUGCAACAAUAAACGGCGGCGUUUCUGUUCCAAGCAAGUGGUUCUGACGGAAGCUCAGAAGCAGCUGGUGGUCUACAAACUGCCUCAUGUCUUACGACUACACCUUAAACGUUUCAGGUGGUCUGGUCGUAAUCACAGGGAGAAAAUCGGCGUCCAUGUCAAGUUCGAGCAGGAGCUGAACAUGGAGCCAUACUGCUGCAAAGACUCUGCCUCCAACACAUCACUCCACCACCAACACUUCCUCUACCAGCUUUCUGCUGUGGUCAUGCAUCACGGGAAGGGCUUCGGUUCGGGCCAUUACACCGCCUUCUGUUACAACACAGAGGGAGGAUUUUGGGUGCACUGUAACGACUCCAAGCUAAGUGUGUGUGCAGUGGAGGAGGUGUGCAAGGCUCAGGCCUACAUUCUGUUCUACACCCAGAGAAACUCUCAGGACAAAGGCAAAGCCAGUGACCUCUGACCCCUGCUUAGCAGCCAGUUAGCCAGUGAUGGUGUAUUGUACAUUCAUGUUGAUGUUAAAGCCAGUCUGUCUGUAUCUGUGACACUGCAUGGACAUGACACACACUCAUGCCUUACACAGUCUACUGGCAGUAGGCAUUCCUGCAGUGAGUGAGUGUAAGUACGUGUGUGUGUGUGUGUGUGUCCUAGCAAGAAGCAUUAGUGCAGCUUGGAUCUCUACACACAAGGGAGAGUUUUUACAUUUUGUUUCUCAGUGUAGAUGACUUUACUUGCCCACAAACCAAAGUAGAAAAAAGAACAAACUGAAUGUCAACUGUUCUUUGAUUUACCCUCCAAAGGGACAUGACUGUGAUGUCACAAUUAUAGUGUGUGUGCGUGCGUGAGUGCAAGCGUGUGUGCGUGCGUGAGUGCGAGCGUGUGUGUGAGCGUGACUGCAAGCGUGAGUGCGAGCGUGUGCGAGCGAGAGUGCUUGUGUUUGUGUGAGACUGACCAGGUUCCUUUACGUCCUCUUAAAGUGCCCUGCCAUUUUUUUUAUCAGUUUAUCAAGGUUCUGUUAGUGUUACCAGCUCCUUUAGGAACGUGAAUUUUGAACAGUUCAGGAUUUUGUUUUUUGUCUGUUUAGACUUUUCCAGAAUGUACUUUUAUAUGCUGAGUACUGGUUAAACAAGAUUUCUUUUUUAUUUUUGUAAAAAAGAAAGUAAUUUAGAGAAAAAAAAAGGUUUCUCACCAGCGAACAAAACACAUAUGCUGUAUGUACAGUAUCCACCUGUGUGUGAGAGAGUGUGUGUGUGAGAGAGAGGUGUGUGUGUGUGUGAGAGAGAGUGUGUGUGUGUGUGUGUUAGUAGCUGAUUGGACUCAUCCUGUGACUGUUGUGGUUAGCACAUUCUCAGAGUAGGUGUGUGUUUGUGAGAGAACUGAGAGAAUCUGUUCAUGAGUUGUCUCACACUAUUUUGAGUCUGCCUCUUUCCGGUUGGUUCCAGUUUCAGUUGCUCAGUUCUUCAGCAGGUAUAGAUGUUAAACUAUGCAAAUUGUUACCUCAAUUUAUAGAGAAAUUUACCUCAAUAAAAUGAGACUAUUUUUGCAUUUUUCUAAUAUA